ACUUUACUAAACCUACCGAUUCGUUAAAUGGCAGAACAUUAGAGAGGAUUCGUGCGUUGUUAAAUCUUUGAUUGAAUACUUUUUCCUUUCAGCACUUUAUAGAUAACAAGUUCCGCUGUCCACUUUGAUACCAAGAAGACAGAAUUUAGGAUUUUUUUAAUUCCAAAAGUGGUAACAACAAGAAAGACAAUCAGACGACAACAACUUGACAACAUAUGGUAUAUCAACAACUGAAGAAAAUGAAAGCCAUACUUUUACUCUGUUAUAUCGUUUCAAUAGCAGCCCAACAACAAAAUCAAUUAAGACAAACGACAGGUUUUGGCAGAGGAAGACAAACAGGCGGUGGUACAGCUGGUACCUUCGGUGGUGCUGGUGCUGGUGGAACACAAAGAGGUUUUCCAGGAGCUGGUGCUGGUGGAACACAAAGAGGUUUUCCAGGAGGUGCUGGUGGAACACAGAGAGGUUUUCCAGGAGCUGGUGCUGGGCAAUUUGGGGGUUUUGGACAACCAGGUGCACAAUUUGGUGGCGGUCCAGGUGGACGUUUUGGAUUUCCGGGUGGUCCUCCGGGUGGUCCUCCUGGUGGCCCAUUUGGAUUUGGUAUGGGUGGACCUCCAGGAUUUGGACCCCCUCCAACCAGAUUUGGACAAGGAUUUGGUGGUGGAGCAGGAUUAGGUGGUAGACCAGGUGGACAGUUUGGAGGCUUUGGAGGUCCAGCCGCUAGACCAGGUGGCCAGUUUGGAGCAGGUGGACUAGGAGGACAAUUUAAUGGAGCUGGAACUGAUACACUAGGAUCGUUUGGUGGUGGGGGAGCCGGAAACUCAUUAGUGGGCACAGCAUUUGGAACUGGAACACCAGGAACACCAGGAACAGGCACUCAAACAGGCACUCAAGCAGGAACUGGAGCUAGUGGAACACCGACAGGAAAUACAGCUGGAACAAAUGCAUUGAAUGGGUUUGGUGGACAAGGUGGCGGUGCUGGACAGUUUGCCAAUGGUCUAGGUGGUUUCCCCGGAGGGCCAAAUUUUGGUGGACAACAAUUUGGAUUUCCGCCGUUCAAUGGUCUUGGUGGAAUGAAUAGACCUCCACGGCCAUUUGGAGGACCUUUUGGACAAUUUGGUGGUCCUCAGUUUGGUGCUGCCGGCGGUAUGAAUCCAUUUGGUGGCGUGGCUACAACAGGGCAGUUUGGAGGUGGUGCGACACCUGCAGGACAGCUUGGAGGUGCGACACCUACAGGACAGUUUUUAGGUGGGGGUACACCAGGACAGUUUGGAGGUGGAGCAGGUACAGGACAGUUUGGAGGUGGAACAGGUACAGGACAGUUUGGAAGUGGAAAUGCACUAGGAACAGGCGGAGCUGGGACAGGGCUUGGAUUUGGAAAUGGCCUUAAUGUGGGAACUUUACCAUCAACAGGUCUGUUUACAGAAUUAGGUCAAGGUUCCACGUUAAUUGACCCAGUAACGGGUAACAGAGUACGACCCCUGACAAAUGAUGUAGCCAAUAAUGCUAUUGCAACACGAAGAGGGCAAACAGCACUCAGGCGAGGCGGUAGAAAUCCAAGGCGAGAUGUUGUAGUGCAAAGAACAAGAGUAUUCCCAAGGCAAUUUACAAAUAGAAGACGACUUUUAGCCAACCGGCAGCGGAAUGUUUUAAGAACACGAACAGCAGCUGGCAGCGGAACAGGGAGUACCAGUUCUUCAGCGUCAUCUGGCACUCAAUUACCAUCACAAACUCUCGGAACAUCAAGCACAUCCACUGGAACUAACAAUGCACAAGGAACUAAUCUGGGUUCAAAUGCUUUACCUGAUAUGACAACAGGUAUGAACGCUUGGUCUGGAAUGCCAGAUAUGAACUCUUGGCCGUCUGGAAUGACACAAGGUAUGCCUGGCCAGUCUGGAAUGACUUCAGGCAUGAAUGCUCUGUCUGGAACGGCACAAAAUGGUGCGGCCGGUAUGGCACCCAAUGGAAAUGGUUUUGGAGGAGCCAACCUAAUGAAUGGAAUGUUUUUACCUCCCAUGAUGCCUGGAGGUAUGGGAGGGAUGGGCGGAAUGGGUGGAAUGCCGCCUGGAGGUAUGGGUGGGAUGGGUGGAAUGGGUGGAAUGAUGCCUGGAGGAUUUGGUGGGAUGCAACCCGGAAUGAAUGGCUUAGGUAUGGGGCAACAGGCAAAUGGAGCUACAACAACAGGUUCGUCAUCAGGAACGACUGGAGCAAGUUCAGCUUCAUCAAGAACAACAAAUGGAGGUACUACUGGUUCCGCAGGCAUGAUGCCUGAUUUAGGGGGUCUUGGUGGAAUGUUUCCUUCAAUGAUGCAGGGAAUGGGAUCAAAUGCUGGCGCUGCAGGAAUGCAAUUCGGUACACCUGGUUCUACAAUGGGAGCAAAUAGCUUAGCUUCAACAGGACAGACCGCAAGAAACGGUAUGGGUACGAGCGCAUUUGCAGCGAUGAAUCCUAAUCAAUUUUCUAGCGCUUCAAGAAGCAACCAGCCUUCAGCUACUAGUGGUUCAAACACCGGAAGUGUUCCGGUGAUGUCUAAUGUUGGUGGUAGGGCGGGAAUGGCUAAUAUGUUUCCAUUUGGAGGCGCCAAUCAAGGUUAGAUGGAAGUGACGUAUUUGGUUGUUGUGGGAACUUUGAACAUUAAAAGAGACGAACUCUUAACAUCAUAACUGAUCUGAUAUACAAUAUGAACUUGCAUUUCUUAAUGCUUAUUAUUCAUAAGAAAAUAAAAUCAAUAAGUGACAAUUAUACAAUGUGGGAUAUGAUAUUCAUAUAUAUACACUAAUGUGCUUUAAAUCCAUACGAUACAUGUUAACUUGCAUUUAAUCAAAAGGUUAGAUUGAAUGCUUGUUUGUCAUGCUUGAAAGUCGAAAAUAGUUGUCUUGGUAUGCUUUGAAAUGGAAAACUGAAAUAAAUAGAUCUACUUAUUUAAGUAAAAUUAAAACAAUUAAAUGAUCUAGAGCAAAAAUAACAUAUAUGACACCUUAUAAGAGGUACUUCUAGUACCUUACCGUCAAACCAAUAACUGUUUAUUUGUCAGGUGCUUUGGGAAAUAUUAUUCAUGUGAAAUGAAACAAUUAAUAACGUUGAGAAAAUUUAGAGUAGACUGUACAUUUAGCAUAUACUAAUAUUAGUUGUUGUGUAUUGUAUACGAAAGGGUAAUAAAAUUUUAUAGAUA